GGCGUUUGCCGGGGCCGAGGCGGAAGCCGGAGCCUUUGGCGGACGGGACCGCGGGAACCCGGAAACGCCUGGGCCGCACCAAGGCGGCCGCGGCGACAGAGACGGUGGGAGCCGGCGGCGCUGCGGGUCAGCGGGCGCGGCGGAGCCGGCGGGCUCGGCAGCCUGGGGCGCCCGGUGUCGCGGAGUCCGGGGCUCCGGUGCGAGCAGCUGGCCGAGCCGCACGGCGGACAAAUGAAGAGAAAACAAUGUCUGCCAACCUAAAGUAUCUUUCCUUGGGAAUUUUGGUGUUUCAGACUACCAGUUUGGUUCUAACAAUGCGUUAUUCUAGGACUUUAAGAGAGGAGGGUCCUCGUUACCUGUCGUCUACAGCAGUGGUUGUGGCUGAACUUUUGAAGAUAAUGGCCUGCAUAUUUUUAGUCUACAAAGACAGUAAGUGUAGUGUGAGAACACUGAACCGAGUGCUACGUGAUGAAAUUCUCAAUAAACCCAUGGAGACCCUUAAGCUUGCCAUUCCGUCAGGGAUAUAUACGCUUCAGAAUAAUUUACUCUAUGUGGCACUGUCAAACCUAGAUGCAGCCACUUAUCAGGUUACAUAUCAGUUGAAAAUACUUACAACAGCGUUAUUUUCUGUGUCUAUGCUUGGUAAAAAAUUAGGCGUGUACCAGUGGCUCUCCCUAGUAAUCCUGAUGGCAGGAGUUGCUUUUGUGCAGUGGCCUUCAGAUUCUCAAGAGGUGAAUUCUAAGGAAAUUUCAACGGGCUCGCAGUUUGUAGGCCUCAUGGCAGUUCUCACAGCAUGUUUUUCAAGUGGCUUUGCUGGAGUUUACUUUGAGAAAAUCUUAAAAGAAACAAAACAAUCAGUAUGGAUAAGAAACAUUCAACUUGGUUUCUUCGGAAGUAUAUUUGGAUUAAUGGGUGUAUACAUUUAUGAUGGAGAAUUGGUAUCCAAGAAUGGAUUUUUCCAGGGAUAUAAUCAACUGACGUGGAUAGUUGUCGUUCUGCAGGCACUUGGAGGCCUUGUAAUAGCUGCUGUCAUUAAGUAUGCAGAUAAUAUUUUAAAAGGAUUUGCGACCUCCUUAUCCAUAAUAUUGUCAACAAUUAUAUCUUAUUUUUGGUUGCAAGAUUUUGUACCAACCAGUGUCUUUUUCCUUGGAGCCAUCCUUGUAAUAGCAGCUACUUUCUUAUACGGUUAUGAUCCCAAGCCUGCAGGAAAUCCUACUAAAGCAUAAUCAUGUACUAUCUUUAGCUGGUUUUUCACGACGGUGCCCUAGGAAUCUCAACAUUAAUCGUGCACAGAGGACUUCAGCAGAUUCUGUGAAGAUAUCAUCAUGCUAAGUCUGAUCGUACUGUUCAAAUGAUUUGAAAAUGUGUAGGCUUCAGGAUGAAAUGUGUACAUCAUCUGGAAACCCAAACUUGGAAGUGUGUCCAGGGAAUAGGGUUAGAGGGAUACUGGGAGGGGCCUGAAGUCUGAGCUCAUAACGACUUCACCCUUUUGGUUGCUGCAGAACUGUCCAGUGCAGCCUUUGGAAGAGCACACAAAUGCAAAUACCAAUGUUUGCAGGAGGAUCUAUUUAGUCUUAUCACAUGUUUUUAAUCUUACUUUUUCUGUACAGAUAUAUCAAAUUACAUGGACUAUUCAAAGUUAGAAAAUUAUAACUGCCUAUAAAGCUGUGAACAAACAAAUAUAAUUUAAAACCAUUUUCAUGUAUCUGGGAUUUUUAUAUUCAUAGAAGAUUGCUAAGCAAAUGAUUGCUAAAUGUUAUUUGUUAAAUUACAUAAAACUUGAUAAAGUAGUAGUCUGGGUUUGAUUCAUAUUUAAAUUUAGUGUAGAGAGAAUCUAUUUCUCCCUGUGUAUCUUAGACCAUUUAUUGCUUUGAGACAGCUGAAUGCAGUUUGGUUCUUUAUAUGCUGGAGUAGCCAGUGACUUUGACACUAAUGCAUUUUUUUUUUUUUUUUUUUUUUUGGUUUUUUUCGAGACAGGGUUUCUCUGUGGCUUUGGUUCCUGUCCUGGAACUAGCUCUUGUAGACCAGGCUGGUCUCGAACUCACAGAGAUCCGCCUGCCUCUGCCUCCCAAGUGCUGGGAUUAAAGGCGUGCGCCACCACCGCCCGGCGACACUAAUGAAGUUUUACCUAUCAUUUUCCAGUUGUAUUUCUUUUCCAUAUUUAAGAGAAAUUCUUAGUAUCACCUUAAAUUGAAUUUGUGUGUGUUACCGUUAAAUUUUUAAUGAAUUUAAAGGGAUUAAGUACUCAUUUAAUAAUUGAAAAUAAAAUAACAAUUACUGUCCAAUCCCCAUGUGGAGAAAUCUGAACUAUGAAGUAUAUACUGUAUAUAGUUUUGAAAUGGAGAAUUUUCUUGUUAUUCUGCAGUAGGAAUUUUUUUCCAUCUGUCACUAUUGGCAGAAGCAAUAAUCAAAAAAGUAAUAUUAGUCAUAUUAGUGAACCAAGAACAAACUGACUUUCUUACAGACAUUUCCUACUGUCAUUUUUAUUGUUGUUGUUAAUUAAGGCAGGAUCUCAUUAUGUAGACCAGGCUGGCCUCAAACUCACAGAGAUCUACCAGCAGCUCUGUCUCCCAAGUGCUGGGAUUAAGGGUCUGAGUCACCCUGCCCAUCUCGCUACAGUGUUUUAAGUAGCACUAUAAUUUAAGUUCAAAGUCUAUUUAGAAAUUUUUAAGUCUUAAGAGCCCACCAUCCCUAGGGGUAACAUGAUCAUGUGUCUGGAAGAGAUGGCAGCAUUCUGAGUUCCCUCACUCUGUCCCCAUGAGUGCUGCUGGGAAGGAGCAACCGUUUGCUCUAAAAUAGUACAUUUUGUUUCUUUUUAACACUGGAGUUGAGGAUACAAAUUAUGAGUUAUUUAAUAAGCUGACUCAAAAGAGAGAAUAUAUUAGAAAUAGUAAAAUGAACUGGGAGGUAAUAAUAAUUCUAUAUUUGGAAUAUAAGUUAUUUAAUUAUUGACUAUAUGCAGAAUUACCUAUUGAAUAUAAAAUGUAUUUUACUUUAUUUUUUCAUUUAUAUUGUAUAUAUAUAUUAAAAGUUUGUUCUAAUAGAUACAAAUCUAUAAGGAGAUGACAAUUUUUUUAUGUAGUUCUAAUAGAUUUUGUUAAAUGGAGUUUGACUCAAAAGUACUUUUGUUAAGUACUGUAAGGUACCCUUGGCUAACUUGGACUGGCUGUUUGAUCUUGCUAGUACAGAUGUACUCUCCACAGUGUACAUACCUGACCAAUUCCAUUCACUUUCAAAGCACUUGAAAUUACAGAGUGUUUAAAGUCAUUGCAUCAGCAAUAACAGAGUGAUACCAGGUUUAUGUUUUUCAGUGACCACCCUAUAGAGAUUGAACAAUUGCAUUUUGAGCAUGGUGUAAGAUACCACAACAUUCAAGCUAUGUCCUAGGACCUACAACUAAGUGCAGCCUAGGUCUUGCAAAUAGAGAAAAUUCAUGAGUACAGAUCCAUGUUCAGUUCACAUUAAAGUGUUGUGAGGGCAACUGUGCUAAUACAAUGUGGAUUCACAAUUAAUGGUUACUUAGAUCUAGUCUACCCCUGUCUUAACCCUACAAUACAAAUAAAUUAUUGGGUAUCAAGGUUGUUCAAGUAAUAAUACAUUUCAGGUGUCUGAAAAUUUUUAUUAGGUAUCAUUUAUAUUGUUCUUUUCUAGUCAGUUAAAAAUGUUAUUGGGCUGAAUAUAUAGUUUAAAAUUUUAUAAGGAAAUAAUCACACUUAGGGAAAAAUGGCUUGUAGACUAGAUUGUAUCAUACAUAUUGAUACCGAAAUUUUGUUUAAUGUGGGUUGUGUUUUGAUGACAUUCAAAAGUGCGAUUGUGUCAUGCUUUUAUAAUAACAGAUUAUUUAAAUUUUAUGCUUAUAAAGGUGUACUUGUUUAUCAGCUAUUUUCACUGAUAUGGAAUGUGUGAAUUUAUGGAGAAUGAGUGCCAGCUGAGACCCACAUUAAAGUUAGGCAGAGAGCUUGACGCACCAGCAGGCCCGUGAGUGCAGCAUAGCAGCUCUUUACUGAUUGCUUUUCCAGUUGUAAGUUACUUUUGUAAUAGAAUACAUAGUUUAAAACUGCAGAACCUAAAUGUUUACCUCAAUUCCUAUGGAAUCCCGCAGAAUUUCAUAGAAAGAAAAGGCAGAAUAUAUUAAGAAAUUCCAAAAGAAAAUUAAUUGACAUUCUGCACUGAACACUUAAGUAGAAUACUGACUAUUCUUACAAAUCAAGUUAGUAGACUUUAAAUGUCUUUAUGCAAUCAUUCAACUGAGAUGUUUUGUUUUGUUUUGUUUUUGAGACAGGGUCUUACUCUGUAGCCCUGGCUGACCUGGAACUUGCUAUGUAGUCUAGGCUGACCUAGAAAUCACAAAGAUCUGCCUGCCUCUACCUCCCAACUGAGGGGAUUUAAGGUGUGUGCUCUUAGUCCCAUUUGAGCUUUCUUUUGUUUUUAAAGAAUGGCUUUGGCAUCACUCGUUCUAUUUAAAUAUUCAUUGUAAAAAUAUUUAAUUUCUAGAGAUAUAGCUUCACAUUGAAUUUAUAAAAAGUGUUUAUAUUAUAUUGAAAGUCAUCUCAAGAAUCUCUAAGAUAUUUAAAGUAGUUAUAGGGCCAAAGAAAAUGCACCUUUACCACAGUCUGGUCCUAUGUGCCUUGCUUUACCAAAUAAGUACCUGACUUUUGUGGAGACUAUUUCUGUAAUUUACAACUUUAGAUACAUAGUUGAAAUUGGGAUUUUUUUUAAAAAAAAAAUAAAGCUGAAUAACUACAAUUCUAGCUUUUGGUUGUUUCAACAUUUGCUCUUUAAAUCCAUUAUUUAGCAAAUGGAUACUAAGUAUCCUAUCAGUGUAUCUGAAUAGCACUUGUUUAAGUGAUUUGUGACACCUGCACUGUGGUUCAGGUUUGAGACUUUCACAACAGUCUAUAAAUGUCUGUUUGUUGUUUUUUUCCUGUAAGACAUAAUUUGCGGUGAUUUGGAACAAUAUUUUUAAAAUAAUUUUGACCCUAAAUUGAUCUAUGUCUGUACUUCAUUUACAUAAAGUGAUUCUUUGGGGUUUGGGAAUGUGAUUUGUAUGUUUAAAUUUUUAUAAAUAUAAUUCAAAGGAAUGUAUAAACUGGUAUUUUAUUAAGUGACUUUUUAAAUGAUAAAUUCCUCAUGUCAAUUUUUUGUAUCCGUUAUUACCUAUGUUUAAUAGAUAAGGGAAAUAGAUUCUUUUCAUAAAUAACAAUAUGC